AACGUUCCUCAAAAAACUACACCACCAACAAACACACAUUUUUUUCCUCAAAAACAGAAAACAAAAACCGCUCUCGACACUCACCCUUCUCUCUCUCACACACACACACGCUCCUCUAAUGGCAGGUGCAGGUGCCAUGAAGAAGGUCGACAGGAUUCGCCAAAUCGUUCGCCUCAAGCAGCUCAUGAUGCGGUGGAGGGUCAUCAGCCACCGCCGCCACCACCACCACUACGACUCCUCCUCCCUCGAUUCAAAACCCUGCACAUCGUCGCCACGACGCGCUCCCUCGGGGUUCGUGUUCGUGUACGUGGGUCAAGAACGCAAACGUUUCGUGAUUCCCGCAAGAUUCCUCAACCUGCCGGUGUUCGCUGGUCUCCUCGAAGAAACCGAAGAGGUUUUCGGUCUUCGAUGUAGCGGCGGUUUACUCCUCCCUUGCGAAGUUGCGUUCUUCAGUAACAUCGUGAAGCACCUCGAGAAAGACGAACACAAGUACGGGAAGCUUUCUUUGGAGGAUUUCGUGAACAUGGUUUCUGACUUGGCUUCUGAUUCUUCCUGCAAAGAAGGCAUUGUUGCCUUCACUCCUCUCUUGCAGAAAGCAAGGGUUUAGUUUUUUUUUUUUUUUAAUUAAAGCUUUCUCCUUUUAAUCAUAGUGAGUUUUUGGUUUUGAUCAUCCUUGAAUCCAAUUCCUAGAAAAAAAAAAGUUUUAGUGGGGUUGGGUUUCAAUGAGAUGUUUCUGAACUUUUGUCCUUAUUAAGCUAUGAUUUUUUAGAGAUUGGGUUAUCUUUUCUGUAUUUGUUGUAUUUGAUGACCAAUCUUGGUGCUAUAUGUCAAUGACUAUGAUUGAUCAAAUUUUAGCGAUCAAUGAAAAAUGUUAUGCAUCAUCAGUAAUGAAAAUUCUAGA